ACAAAAAAAGUGUGUAGCUGAGGGAAUAGAAUGAUAACGGGUUUUGGAAACAGAGGAUAGCAUGGUUAACCCACUGCUCUAAAACCCUAAGAAUGGAACUUCAAACCCUUUGUUGCGCUCUUCCUUAUCAACCCAUUCAUUCCAAUCAUCGGACACUAUCUUCACCGCCGUUCGCAACCCACGCUUCAUUCUCUAAUCAAAGGCAAACAUUUCGGUUUGGAAAUGGUUCAAAAUGUUUGAAAUGGGUGAUUAGGGAACCUCCAGCAUUGGGAUUGAACAAAUUCCAGAGACUUCUUGUUCAUGCUUCUGAUUCCAGUUUAAAUGGAGGCUUGGAAGUUCAUCCAAACAAAAGUUCUAGUGUGCCCGUUAGUACGUUUAACGGGGUAGAACCGUUUCAUGGUAAACCAGGUUCUGUCUCUUUUUGUGGGUUGACACACCAAUCGGUAGAAGAAGGGAAAUCGGAAUCUGCCCCCUUCGAAGAAAAGGGUGGCUCUUACUUAUGGGUCUUAGCUCCUGCGGCGUUCAUAGCAUCUUUGAUUAUGCCACAGUUCUUCGUUGACAAUGUGGUGGAGGCUUUUCUUAAUGAUACGAUUUUAAUAGAUGCUGUGAGUCUGUUCACCCAUGAUGCCCUGUUCUACGUUGGACUAGCGACAUUUUUGUAUGUGACUGAUCGUGUCCAGAGGCCUUAUUUGCAGUACAGCUCCAAAAGAUGGGGUCUUAUCACCGGCCUCAGAGGAUAUUUAUUCUCCGCCUUUUUAACAAUGGGUUUGAGGAUUAUUGUUCCUGUUGUUCUUCUGUUUGCAACCUGGUCAUCACUUCGCAUGGCAGGAAUUGUUGCUGUAACUCCUUUUUUAUUUGGCUCUGUUGUACAAUUUGCAUUUGAGAAAGUUUUGGACAAUCGUGGGUCAGCUUGCUGGCCACUAGUUCCUGCUAUAUUUGAGGUAUACAGACUGCAUCAGCUUACAAAAGCUGCUAAUUUUGCUGAGAAGUUGUUAUUAUCUUUGAAGGAGCUUCCUGCGAGCCCAGAAUUGAUAGAACGAACUGGAGGUUUGUUCGCAUUGAUGAUCUCAUUUCAAUUACUGGGGCUUGUGUGCCUUUGGUCAUUGAUGACGUUUCUUUUGAGGCUAUUUCCCUCUAGACCUGUAGCAGAUCAUUACUGAGUUUAGCUUGGAUAAUGGAAGAGUGUUGUAUAUAUUUGCGUAAUGUAUUUGAAAGACUCGGCUACAUUAUUAUUUGAUGAACUUUUAGUGCAGUAGGCUCUUCAUUAAGAAAA